CGGGGACCUGCAGGUUGCCGGCAGCGCUCACUGCACCUUCACCACCGCGCAGAAGGCAGUGGGGAAGGACGACUUCACCCUCAUCCCCGAGGGAACCAACGGCAUCGAAGAGCGGAUGUCGAUAAUUUGGGAAAAGUGUGUGGUCUCCGGGAAGAUGGACGAGAACGAUUUUGUAGCAGUGACCAGUACCAAUGCUGCCAAGAUCUUCAACUGCUACCCCAGGAAGGGGCGCGUCGCUGUGGGCGCUGACGCAGACUUGGUUUUGUGGAACCCCAAGGCAACUAAAAUCAUCUCGGCAAAAACCCACAAUCUGAACGUGGAGUACAACAUAUUUGAAGGCACAGAGUGCCAUGGGGUUCCUACCGUGGUCAUAAGUCAAGGAAGAGUUGUUCUUGAAGAUGGAAACCUGGUUGUCACCCAGGGGUCAGGUCGCUUCAUUCCUAGAAAGACGUUCCCUGAUUUUGUUUAUAAAAGGAUAAAGGCAAGAAACAGG